CGCGUGCGUGCAGCCUCUCGCUCGCUCGCUCGCGCGCUCGGGCGGGCGGGCUGAGGAGACGAGCCGAGCCCCCGCCGCCGCCGCGGGAGAAGGCUGGGCGUCUGCUCGGCGUCGCGGCGAUCCCCGCAGCCCCGCUCCCCCACCCCGGCCGGGCCAUGGCGGAACGCGGAGGGGCGGGCGGUGGUCCCGGAGGCGCCGGGGGCGGCAGCGGCCAGCGGGGCUCCGGGGUCGCCCAGUCCCCGCAGCAGCCGCCGCCGUCGCAGCAGCCGGCGCCGCAGCAGCCGACGCCCCCCAAGCUGGCCCAGGCCACCUCGUCGUCCUCAUCCACCUCGGCGGCGGCCGCCUCCUCCUCGUCUUCGUCCACCUCCACCUCCAUGGCCGUCGCGGUGGCCUCGGGCUCCGCGCCUCCCGGCGGCCCGGGGCCAGGCCGCACCCCCGCCCCCGUGCAGAUGAACCUGUACGCCACCUGGGAGGUGGACCGGAGCUCGUCCAGCUGCGUGCCCAGGCUGUUCAGCUUGACCCUGAAGAAACUGGUCAUGCUAAAAGAAAUGGACAAGGACCUUAACUCAGUGGUCAUUGCCGUGAAGCUACAGGGUUCCAAAAGAAUUCUUCGCUCCAACGAAAUCAUCCUUCCAGCUAGUGGCCUGGUGGAAACAGAGCUCCAGUUGACCUUCUCCCUUCAGUACCCUCAUUUCCUGAAGAGAGAUGCCAACAAGCUGCAGAUCAUGUUGCAAAGGAGAAAGCGUUACAAGAACCGGACCAUCUUGGGCUACAAGACCCUGGCCGUGGGCCUCAUCAACAUGGCAGAGGUGAUGCAGCAUCCUAACGAGGGCGCUCUGGUGCUCGGCCUGCACAGCAACGUGAAGGAUGUCUCUGUGCCUGUGGCAGAAAUAAAGAUCUACUCCCUCUCCAGCCAGCCCAUUGACCAUGAAGGAAUCAAAUCCAAGCUGUCUGAUCGUUCUCCUGAUAUUGACAAUUAUUCUGAGGAAGAGGAGGAGAGUUUCUCAUCAGAACAGGAAGGCAGUGAUGAUCCAUUGCACGGGCAGGACCUGUUCUAUGAAGAUGAGGAUCUACGCAAAGUAAAGAAGACCCGGAGGAAACUCACCUCCACCUCUGCCAUCACCAGGCAACCGAACAUCAAACAGAAGUUCGUGGCCCUCCUGAAGCGGUUUAAAGUUUCAGAUGAGGUUGGCUUUGGGCUGGAACAUGUGUCCCGGGAGCAGAUACGAGAGGUGGAAGAGGACUUGGAUGAACUGUAUGAUAGUCUGGAGAUGUACAAUCCCAGCGACAGUGGCCCUGAAAUGGAGGAGACAGAGAGCAUCCUUAGCACUCCGAAGCCCAAGCUCAAGCCCUUCUUUGAGGGGAUGUCGCAGUCCAGCUCACAGACAGAGAUUGGCAGCCUCAACAGCAAGGGCAGCCUCGGCAAAGACACCACCAGCCCUAUGGAAUUGGCUGCUCUAGAAAAAGUCAAAUCUGCUUGGAUUAAAAAUCAAGAUGACAGCUUGACUGAAACAGACACUCUGGAAAUCACUGACCAGGACAUGUUUGGAGACGUGAGCACAAGUCUGGUUGUGCCAGAGAAAGUCAAAACCCCCAUGAAGUCCAGCAAAACGGAUGUCCACGGCUCUGCCUCUCCCAGCAAAGUGGACGGGGUGCACACCCCGCGGCAGAAGAGGAGCACCCCCCUGAAGGAGCGGCAGCUCUCCAAGCCCCUGAGCGAGAGGACCAACAGCUCCGACAGCGAGCGGUCCCCCGACCUGGGCCACAGCACACAGAUUCCACGAAAGGUGGUAUAUGACCAACUGAAUCAGAUCCUGGUGUCAGAUGCAGCCCUCCCAGAAAAUGUCAUCCUCGUAAACACCGCCGAUUGGCAGGGCCAGUACGUGGCAGAGCUGCUCCAGGACCAGCGGAAGCCUGUCGUGUGCACCUGCUCCACUGUGGAGGUCCAGGCCGUGCUGUCCGCUCUGCUCACCCGUAUCCAGCGCUACUGCAACUGCAACUCCGCCAUGCCGCGGCCGGUGAAGGUGGCAGCCGUAGGAGGCCAGAGCUACCUGAGCUCCAUCCUCCGGUUCUUUGUCAAGUCGCUGGCCAGCAAGACCUCCGACUGGCUUGGCUACAUGCGCUUUCUCAUCAUCCCCCUUGGUUCCCACCCUGUAGCCAAAUACUUGGGCUCAGUUGACAGUAGAUAUGGCAGUACCUUCCUUGACUCCAGCUGGAGAGAUCUGUUCAGUCGCUCAGAGCCCCCAGUGUCAGAGCAACUGGACGUGGUGGGGCGGGUGAUGCAGUAUGUCAAUGGGGCAGGCGUGACGCACCAGCUUCCUGUGGCUGAAGCCAUGCUGACCUGCAGGCAUAAGUUCCCUGAUGAAGACUCUUAUCAGAAAUUCAUCCCCUUCAUUGGCGUGGUGAAGGUGGGUCUGGUCGAAGACUCUCCUUCCACUGCAGGCGACGGAGACGACUCGCCUGUGGUCAGCCUUACCGUGCCCUCCACAUCACCGCCCUCCAGCUCGGGCCUGAGCCGAGACGCUACGGCCACGCCUCCUUCCUCCCCGUCCAUGAGCAGUGCCCUCGCCGUUGUGGGGAGCCCCAACAGCCCAUAUGGGGACGUGAUUGGCCUCCAGGUGGACUACUGGCUGGGCCACCCUGGGGAGCGGAGGAGGGAAGGUGACAAGAGGGACGCCAGCUCCAAGAACACCCUCAAGAGUGUUUUCCGCUCAGUGCAGGUGUCCCGCCUGCCGCAUGGUGGGGAGGCCCAGCUUUCCGGCACCAUGGCAAUGACUGUGGUUACCAAAGAGAAGAACAAGAAAGUUCCCACCAUCUUCCUGAGCAAGAAACCUCGAGAAAAGGAGGUGGAUUCUAAGAGCCAGGUCAUCGAAGGCAUCAGCCGCCUCAUCUGCUCAGCCAAGCAGCAGCAGACCAUGCUGAGAGUGUCCAUCGACGGAGUCGAGUGGAGUGACAUCAAGUUCUUCCAGCUGGCGGCCCAGUGGCCCACCCAUGUCAAGCACUUUCCAGUGGGACUGUUCAGUGGCAGCAAGGCCACCUGAGGGCCCUGUCUCCUGGCCACUCUCCCUCCUGGCACUGCCACCAGCCUCACCGCCUGUGGGCAGGGGGAGGCCCGCAGGCCCGGGCCCAGCACCCCUUUCCUGGCCUUGGGGCCUAAUAUCACUUGCCCAGUCCUGAAGGACACUGCCACUGGGGAUACUGCUCCCCUCUCCACUGCUCAGUCCCAUCCCUGGGCAGCCCCCUCCCUCCCUCUCUCCUUUUCCUCCUCUCCCUCCUGCUCCAGGCCCAAGGCAUGUUGAUUUUGCCUUCUGGUGCCGUCCCUGGAAUUGAGUCCUCUGGGCCUUCCUUCACCUGACUUCCAGCCUCUUCCCCUAUGUGGCACCGGUUCCCUUCCUGGAAAUAGGAAACCUGGAAUCCUGGCCCCCAGCAGGGAGCCCAGCCCGCACCUCCCGCCACCUCUCGGUUUCUAAAGCCCAGCUGCCUGCCACGAAUGGGGGCCAGGGCCACUUCCCACUACUGCGUGGUUCUCCCCGUGGAGGGUGAGAGGGUACCCUGAGCCCAUGGGACUGUGUGCCCCUUCACAGUCCCAGGACCAGCUCCCUGCUCCCUCACCCCCAGGAUAGUGUUUCUAUGGUGAUGCCAUGUAUUUCUGAGAUGGAGGGGCCUUUCCGGCCCCCCAUGCACGACUUCCUCACCACCCCUGGUCCCCUCUAGAUGUUGCAUAUGUCCUUGAGCAUUUCUCUGGUUCUCUGCACGGCCAGUCUCUUGGUGGUUCCGUGUGAUUCGCCUGGGCACCGGUCCCUGUCUUUGUGGCUCCUCCCUUGUGGAUGAUUCUCCUC